GCCCAGGGGGAAGUUAGGGAGGUCUUAGCCCAUGUAACACACUGCCUCUUCCUUUCCUAGGAUCCUACAGCAGACCCACCCUCUCAGCCCAGCCCAGCCCUAUGAUGACCUCAGGAGGGAACGUGACCCUCAAGUGUGGCUCAUGGCAGGGAUUUGGCAGGUUCAUUCUGACUAAGGAAGGAGAUCACAGGCUCUCCUGGUCCCUGAACUCACAGACACACCUCAGUGGGCAGUACCAGGCCCUGUUCACUGUGGGCCCAGUGAACUCCAGCCACAGGUGGACGUUCAGAUGCUAUGGCUGUUUCAGGGACAAGCCCCACGUGUGCUCACAACCCAGUGACCCCCUGGAGCUCCUGGUCUCAGGGACCUCCCCCAAACCAACACUCUGGGCUGAGCCAGGACUAGUGAUCCCACGGGAGAAGCCCCUGACCAUCUCCUGUCAGGGGACCCCAGAAGCUGAGGAGUACCGUCUGGAUAAAGAGGGAAGCCCACCAUCAUGGAAAAGAGAGAAGCCACUGAAGCCCGGAGACAAGGUGAUGUUCUCCAUCACACACAUGACAGAGGGUGAUGCUGGGAGAUAUCGCUGUUACUCUCUCAGCCCUGAUGGCUGGUCAGAGCCCAGUGACCCCCUGGAGCUGGUGGUGACAGGAGCCUACAGCAAACCCAGCCUCUCAGCCCUGCCCAGCCCUGUCGUGCCAUCAGGAGGAAAAGUGACCCUCCAGUGUGGCUCAGGCCAAGGAUUUGAUGGGUUCAUUCUGACUAAGGAAGGAGAUCACAGGCUCUUCUGGACACUGGACUCACAGGGACAGCCCAGUGGGCAGUUCCAGGCUCUGUUCUCCAUCGGCCCCGUGACCCCCAGCGACAGAGGCCCAUUCAGAUGCUAUGGCUAUGACAGGUACAGGCCCCAGGUGUGGUCACACCCGAGUGAACCCCUGGAGCUCCUGGUCUCAGGUAAGUCUCAGAAGCCCUCCCUCCUGACCCAGCAGGGCCCCAUCAUGGCCUCUGGACAGAGCCUGACCCUCCAGUGUUGCUCUGAUGUCGGCUAUGACAGAUUCUCUCUGCACAAGGAGGGAGAACAGGACCUCCCCCAGAGCCUUGUCCUGCAGCCCCAGGCACACCUCCCCCUGGACACUCAGAGAGGCUGACCGGGUUGGGGGGUAUAUAUGCUAGAGUAGGAAGAACCUUUUCUUUGAGUGGUUGGUCCAGUGAUGCCCUUGACAUCCUGGUGGCAGGUUUGGAUCCAGUGGAUUCAGCCAGGCAUGUA